AUGCGCAGUUUUCUGCGUCUUUGUGGCCAGAAGAACAUCUAUGAUGGUUGUCUGCGUCUUCAUGAGCGACGGGAGCGUGACCUCGUCGAGGUGAGUUCGCGUAUCUGCCGGCAUAUCCACUGGACACGUUAUGUCUCGGAGGCAUUCGCGGAAAAUCCGCCGGGACCCUCUUCACUGUUCCUGUGGAAGAAACGGGGGAGUCGAAGCAAACCGGGGAACGGUAAAGAGGGUCCCGGCGGAUUCUCCUCGAAUGCCCCCGACAUAACGUGCUCAGUAGAUAUGCCGGCGGACACGCGAACAUACCUCGACGAGGUCACGCUCCAGUCGUUCAUGAAGACGCAGACAACCGUCAUAGAUGUUCUUCUAGCCACAGAGACCGCAGAAAACUGUGCAGUUACAAGGAAAUAUUCAAAGAAGAGUGGUGUUAGCUGUCGAAAUGUUCUCAAAGAAUAA